AUGAAGAUCACCGCUCUCGCCAUCACUGCUCUAUCCACCGCAGCAAGCGUCGCAUCCGCUGACGACUACCAGCCGGCGCUCCGAGCACUUGCCGCACAGGAGCCAACUGCAUCCAUUGCCGACACACUUGUUUCCAACCCGACCAAGCAACAAUCCUCUACUCCUGUGGAGGCUGCUGCUGCAGAUGCUAAGGAGCAUAAUGUCGACGAUGACAGCAAGAAGGCCAAGGGGUGGUGGGGACGACCGGGAUGGGGACAUCGCUGGGGAGGCUAUGGAUGGGGACGUCCCUGGGGUGGAUACGGCGGUGGCUGGGGUGGAUUCGGUGGCGGCUGGGGAUGGUAG